UAUAACCACGUUGGAGCCCCUCAGAUGUGUUAGUUCCAGUGACUUUGCCGUCGUGUUCUGUUCUGUGUUGUGUUGCAUGUUCCCUCGAUCAUUCCUAGUCCCUCAGUCACAGAAUCCUCCCUUAUCGUGGCCCCUGGCUCAUUGAGAACAAGCUCAACCGAAAAAUCACUCCCAACUAAUUGGAAAAAGCCAAUUAGUCGUUGCACGGGGCAAUGGCAUCGCGAGUUGUCGAAUAUUAUCGCGGGAAAUGCGUCUUCAUCACCGGUGGUACCGGCUUCCUGGGCAGUUGCUUGAUCGAGAAGCUUUUGAGGUGCUGUCCAGACGUCAAGAACAUUUAUCUGUUGAUAAGACCGAAGAAGGGGAAGGAAAUCAGCGAACGUCUCGAGGAGCUCACGAAAAACUCGGUGUUUGAUCGUCUGCGGGAGGAAGGGAAGACUGACUUGUUCUCGAAAUUGAUAGCAGUCAGUGGUGACGUGGGUGAGGAAAAUUUGGGUCUGUCCUCCGAGGAGAGACUGACAAUUGUCGAACACGUCGAGGUGAUAUUCCAUUCAGCAGCCACUCUGGACUUUGAAGCGGGCUUGAAGCCCGCAGUUGACAUUAAUCUUCUCGGUACACGAAGAGUCGUUCAGCUUGCCCAGGAAAUAAGAAAUCUCAAGGCCCUGGUGCACGUGUCGAGUGCCUAUGUGAACUCGUUUCUCCUCGAGACUAAGGAGCAGAUUUAUCCACCACCAGCUGAUGUGGACGAAGUCCUUGCGCUGGUCGGGGGGAAGGACGAGAAGGCGAUUGAGGAGGCGACCCCACAGCUGCUGAAGAAUCACCCGAAUGCUUAUACCUUUUCGAAACAUCUGGCUGAGCAUGAGGUCGUCAAUGGGUCCAUCCCUGCGGCCAUCGUGAGACCGUCUAUGAUCACUGGUGCAUGGCAGGAGCCAAUUCCAGGAUGGACAACCUCCAAGAAUGGCCCCCAGGGCUUCCUGAUGGGCGCCAGCAAGGGAGUAGUUCGCAGACUGCCAGUUGCAAGUCAACUCAUCUACGAUUACAUCCCAGUGGACAUUGUUGUCAAUGCUCUCCUCGUUGCUGCCUACGUCAUUGGUCGUGACAGGAACACAGGGAUAAAGGUCUACCACUGCACCUCGAGCACAUGCAAUCCAUUCCAGUGGCUGAAGGUGGAGUCCAAAAUAAACGGAUAUCUUCAUAAGUAUCCUUUGGUCAGCGCUGUCUGGUAUCCACAUCUCAAACUGCUGCCAUCGCUGUGGCUCUAUCGAAUCUCUUCCAUUUUUGUGCACAUGAUCCCGGCUUAUAUUCUGGAUACAGUCACUAAAGUCGCUGGAGGACGUCCCAUACUUGUUCGGCUGCACACGAACGUCAACAACUCUCUGGGUCGUUUGGAGAAGUUUAUCUUCACAGAAUGGAAGUUCCAGAAUCCCAGAAUGAUGGAGUUGCACGAGUCGUUAUCCAGCGAGGAUAAGAAGCUAUUCACACUCGACGUGAGGCCAUUGUCGUGGGAGGAUUACUUCGUGAAUUUGACGAAGGGGGUCAGAGUGUAUCUCAGUAAAGAGCCUCUCAAAAGUCUUGGAAGAGCGCGAGCAAAGGAUAACAUACUACUUGCUGUUCACCUGGGUCUCCAGGCAGCCCUGCUGGGUCUCGUCUGGUGGAUAUUCAAGUCGAUCCUGGGUGCCACCUGGACGUCAACAGGCAUGAUCGUCCCCAUAGCCUACCUCCUCUUCAGUCAGCUCUAAUCGACUAAUCUUUCGCAUACAAAAAAUCUAAUAUAUUUGUUAUCGGGGGACGGCCAUCUGGGCAAAGUAUUUUAUACGAAAUCAUUCAGCCGUGGGGUUUAGCUUAGUCGAAUUUCACAGGUCAGCACAGGUUUAUUGAGCCAUGCCUUAUUGUCUCGUGACAACAUAAAUAUUGGGCAAUUUCGCACGCAGCCGGGGGGAACCAUACUGGGUAAAUAACAUACCAGGGAUAGGAUCACCGAUUAUGAUUGACUUGGCAUUCGACAUUGUGCAAUUUCAUGAUUAUCCGCGUAUGAAAAAAUUUAAUAGAAAACUCAAGCACUUUCUCCGAGGAAUUCUAUUGCAGUUAUAAUAAAAUUCUAUUAAAUAAUUCGUUUGCGUUGUUGCAAUAGUCAAGAGUUUUUCAUUUUUUUAUGGGAGAAUUUUUUUCCUUGCAUUGUCAUUCUUUUUUUAUAAUGAAAUCCAAGAGAAAAAAACUAAAAAAAUCACGAUUAAGAAUUCUUAUAGAAAAAUCAACAUCUAUAGACUUUAUUCUACGUAAAAAUGUCUCUUGAAACUCAUUUUUAAUAGAAUUUUAGAAUUCAAUACUAUUUUUAUUCAAUUGGAGUUUUGUUAAAACUCACUUAAAAAAUUGCAUUAAUUAUUUGCGAAAAUUCUAUAGAUUAUGCAACUGUGUCAUGAAAAUCGAAGCAAGAAGCUCAGAAAAUUCAUGCCCAAGAAUUCUUCUAAAACAAUCAACACGAAAAACCAUCAAUUGUCGAAAUCAUGGCAGAGUUUCAUAAUUUUCAAUAAAAUUUUCGCAAAAAUAAUAUUUGAAUAGAAGCACUAAGCUUCACCAAUUAAAUUUUUUCAUACGUCUCACAGUAUUUGUUACCCAACCCUGAAAGUAAGUUUACCCACAACUUUUGUAACCCCUCAGUCCAUUUCAUUCGUCUGUAAUUCCAGAAAGUAUUUUGUAUUAUCAGUAUCCUCAAUGAGUAUUCAUUGUUUAAAACCAGAAAUCCCAUUUUGUGAAAUUACUGGUGAUUAAAAAAAUAAUAAAACGGUACCAUGGUA